CCGGGACUCACCGCGCGGCACGGAGGACGCGCAGGCGCUGCCAUGGCGACGGCAGCGGAGGAGCGCGGCCGGGACGGGGCCCGGGAGGAAGCCCCGGAUGGGACCCGCGAUGAGGCCGCGGCCGGCGCUGAGGAGACGGUGAAGAUCAUCUGCCUGGGCGACAGCGCCGUGGGCAAGUCCAAGCUGCUGGAGCGGUUCCUGCUCGACGGCUUUCGCCCCCAGCAGUUUUCCACGUUCGCCCUGACGCUGUACCAGCACCGCGCCCGGGUGGGCGGGCAGGAGGUCCGCGUGGACUUCUGGGACACGGCAGGCCAGGAACGCUUCCGGAGCAUGCAUGCCUCCUACUACCACCAGGCCCACGCCUGCAUCAUGGUGUUCGAUGUGCAGCGGAAGGUCACCUACAAGAACCUAAACAGCUGGUACAAGGAGCUGAGGGAAUUCCGCCCAGAGAUUCCAUGCAUCGUAGUGGCCAACAAGAUUGAUGUGGAUAUGAAGGUGACCCAGAAAAGCUUCAAUUUUGCCCGGAAGUUCAGUUUGCCCUUUUACUUCGUGUCUGCUGCUGAUGGCACCAACGUGGUGAAGGAACUCAAUGCCCAUGUGCCCCAUCCUGUGAGUGACGGGCCUUGUCCUUCCCACCAGCUCUUCAACGACGCCAUCAGGCUGGCCGUGGCUUACAAACAGCACUCGGGAGACUUCAUGGACGAGGUCCUGCGGGAGCUGGAGAGCUUUGACCUGCAGAAGACAAGCAAGGAUUUCUUGGAUGAAGGGAAGAGCUGCACUGAAGAGGAGCCCCCAUCUGCCUAGGCCUGGACCCUGAGCCUGGUUUUCCCUUGGCUCUGGAUCUCUGGGGCCUGCACACAGGACAGUGAUGUUUCUCGUGCCCUAGAGAUGUGGUGAUGGGCAGCUGGGCCUCUUCCCUUCUUGUGGGAGCCUGUCUGGGCAGGAUCUUCAUUGGCUCAGCCCUCACUACUGCACAUUUCACUCAGGGGAGGGAUGGGAGAAUCCACAUGAUUCCACAUGGAUCAUUGCUCAUUCCUACUGCUCCUUCAGGACAAAGCUGGCUGGGAGAGGUGAGCCAUCUUGGACCUGCAGGAAGGAUCCUGCCCAGAUGCUGUAGUGGUUCCUGCUGCAGAAAGCAAACACUAAAGCAUAUUUUUUACAAAGCUA